GCGCGGCCCUUCACGUGUGUCGUGUCGCUCUCUCUCCGUUCGUAUCGGUGUCGGAUCUUGCGUCCGUUUUCCGCCCGCGCGCCCACUUGCGUCUCACCCCUUCGUCCAGGUCCGCCGAUUUUCUGCCCGGCAACCGUGCACUCGUUCUUCAUUCCGGCAGAGCGGAGGGAUCGUUUCGUAUACCGUGAGAUCGCGCGAAUCACGUGUGCGAGUGUGUGCGUGUGUGUGUCACGCGAAGAUAGAAGGUGUGAAGUGAGCGAAUCGCGUGACUCCCCGUGAACUGGACCACGUGGCACGACCGGUGCGUGUCUCCCCGAGAAUUUCCCGCGCGUUUCUUCGGCGCGACGGCUUCGCGUUGCGACGCUCCGCUCCGAAUAACGGAGCUCUCGCUGCGAGACACGGUUCAUGUGAUUUGUAAUUGCACAAAAAAAUUGUUUACACGGCGUUACUACUUGGACGAUCUUAGGAUUCGAGUUUUUUCUCUGGGAUAUUCAAGAAGAUCUUUGUGUGUCAGUUAGCUAGCGUGUCGCGUGAAGCUAUACACAUAAUAUUCCACGAUUUAAGAAUAUUCGACCAAGUCGGAACGUUGUGAAUUUGCGUCGAAAAAAAAAAUCGCUACGGUGCUAAAUAGUCGUCUAUUAAAUUCGUUCACGCGAGACGUGCGUACUGCCGUUGAGGUGAUCGCGCAGUGAUUGUACCCGGUGAAGAUAAGAUUCGCGGAACGCGCGCCGCGCGAGUGAUAAAGUCAGUGAAUGUGCGCGUGUAUUUAAGCAAAUAAAAAAUACGCAGUGUGCUCACGAGAGAGAUAGAAAAGAAGGCGGGGAACACAUUUCUUCGCUUGAACUGAUUUUUACGUCAUUCGUGUUCUCCGUGUUUUUCCCUCCCGCGCGUCUCUCCCUCUCCCUGCGUUUGUCUGUGUGCAUGCGUGCGUUCCUCUCGUCUGUUUCUCCUUCGGCCCGCGAGGCCCGACGAGUGCAAGCUCUCUACUACUGCGCCACGGAUCGCGGCUCGCCGCUCUCGCGUCGUACCUGUCUGCCUCGUUCGCCCGUUCUGCUACCCCUGUCGACUCGUGCCGCCACCCCCGCGAGAGGCCGUCGCAGGAUCGAUAUUUACGAGGUAUGUAUUUCAUCACAUUCUACAAAUGUCCGCAAUUCGACUAACUGCACUUAUUGGAUUAAAUCACAGGGAGGGAUUUCUGACCCACGUCGCGGCCGUCGUCCUCUUGCCGGAUCCCUGCUUCCGCAUCCGUCCCGCACGGGCGCGUAUCAACGUUUUCGCCGCCGCCAUCCACAAUGGCCGUCUGUUUAUGACAAUUCCGGGGCACGUAGGGACUCAACGGGCAGCAACGUGCUGAGGCGCGAUCUGCCGCAGGUCUGACCUGGCACUCGCA